GUUGUGUUUAAAUGAUGGAUAUGCGAUCGUACUGGUGUGUCCAACUAACACGGGCGGUGUCGAAAAAAAAACAUUUGUCUCUUUUUUCCAGACUGAAGUGAGCAAGUACUUGUUUGUUGGCCUCCAGUAAACAUUUCACAUUUCGACAAUUUGUUCUUGUAAGGAUGAUUUAUCCUGGUAACUCCAGCUACCCUAACGCAAGUCAAUCGGUCGGCCCGCGUCCUGAACUGGAACCGAGAUACGCCGUGACUCUUCGCCUUACCUUAAGUGCUAUCAUCUGCUCCAUUGGAGUUGUGGGUAAUAUUUUGGUUGUCAUCAUCACAGGAGCAAACCACGGUGGUAAAACCGCUGUACACAAGUACAUCCUCAACUUGGCUAUCGCAGAUAUCAGUGUACUGGCAAUUUGUUAUCCGCUUACUCUUGUGAAAGCCGCGGAUCCUGAAAACUGGCCGCUCGGAAGGUUUGUAUGCAAGUUUGUGUACCCGUUCACGGAUAUCUUCUACAGUGCUUCCAUUGGCUCCAUCGUUGCCAUAGCAAUGGACCGCCACACAGCAAUCGUUCGUGGAAUGACAGCGUACAGAUCGAGGACGAUUGCUAAAUGGGUGAUCCUGGCGAUUUGGAUUGCAAGCUUCAUGAGUUCCGUGUUUCCAGUUUACUUGGUGAUGGAAUACAUAGAGAACAAUGGUACAGUUGACUGUACUCCAAAGUGGCCAAGUCACACCACUUUUGCCGCUUACGUGUUUUCUUUAACGAUUUUUUGGUACGUUAUACCGCUGUUCUUGAUUCUCUGGGCAUACCGGCAGAUCGCGUGCAAAAUUCGCGACAGCAAAAUACUCCACCAAAAAAUGCACAAUAUGGUUGGCUCUUACAAGAGAGAAAGGAAGAAGAAAUUCGAAACUGCAAACACCAAAGCUCUUAAAAUCCUCGUGCCGGUGGUGAUUGUCUUUGCUAUAACUAUGUUUCCCUUUCAUCUUUUUCAAGUUGUCAGAGUUUUCGUUGACGUGGGUCACAUGAAAUACAUUUGGGUCGUGUACAACAUAUUUAUUACUCUGAUGCUGACAAACAGUGCUGCAAAUCCGAUUAUUUACUCCCUUGUGAGCGAGGAGUUUCGGCAACAGUUCAAAAACAUUUUGAACUUUAAAUGUCAGCGUCUAUGCCUCGAGCCGAGGAAAAAACAUGAUGCAUCUAUCACAUAUCGAUAUUCUCUUUCAGUAACUGCGCCUCCACCAAAUCCUGACCGAGAGACAGAUGUGUGAAAUGGAGAGUCUUGAAGCUAAACUCAAAUGAACUUAUCAGCCAAUGAAAUCUCAGAGUGAAAACAUUAACGAAAAAAUAAUAAUAAUAAUAAAACGGAUAAGGCCAUAUCAGGAAUGAGGCGCUAUAAAAAGAACUGGUAAUUUGGGAGAGAGUUUGAAAAUACUACUUAUCAAACGAGCGCUUGCUUCUCAUGAGCAUUCAGUUGUAUUGUAUAGGCAUGCACAGUGUGCUAAGGGGACAGGACAAGAGUGACUAAAGCUUCCAUCCCCAACCUUGAACCCUAGGAGGGAUUCACGCGUAAGUUCUUCUGAUCAUAGAGCAGUUUUCAAUGAGUAUCGAAAUACCAAAUAAUAAUGACUACCAAUAAGAGAAACGGUUAACAUCCUCAUUUUUCAAUGAGAAUUUGAGGUAAAAAAACAAGCAACCUGCCUGAAGGGCGGGAAAACACGACAGACCAAGUUGGGAUUUGUUUUAGUUUUACAUUUGAUUGGAUGGGCGGGUGGUGAGAGUUUUCUAGACCAAUCACAGAGCGAGAUAAAACAAAUCCAAAGUAAUCCAGGAUCACUUUUAAGACUAAAUUGAAAACUGCUCUUGUAUUAAAAAAAGUUUGACAAGAAUGAACAAGCUUUUAAGCUAUGGGGCGUUAUCUUGAUAAAACAACAAGUUCUCUGAACUAAUUUGUAAGGAAACGUAUAGCAGUUUGAGUGAGAGUUAAGAUCAAAUGUAAGGAGUACAGCGCAAACAUACUUAAAACCAGAAUUAAUUAAAACUAUCAGAAUCAUUUCCAGAUUUCCUUGGAGCGAAUUGGAGAGAAAGUAACC